CUAUCAAAAUCACCAAAAGCUUCUUUGGGAUUCAAUCCAACCAACCAAAUCUUCAAGACCCACAUCCCAAAACCCAUCAGGAUCAUGUCCCAAGCUUCACAAUCUUUGCCUCUCAAGUCUGGGAAAGUCGAACCCAUGGAGACCCAAGAAGGAUUUGCCUCGAAACCCACGUUGGAUUUUCAUGGGAUCGAUCAAAAACUGGUUGACAAGAUGGUUUACGAUGCUCUCGUUUGGAGCUCUCUUCAUGGUCUUGUUGUUGGCGACAAAUCUGUUCAGAGAUCAGGAAAAGUACCUGGUGUUGGAAUGGUCCAUGCCCCAUUUGCUUUGUUGCCAAUGCCAUUCCCAGAAAGUCAUUGGAAACAAGCAUGUGAAGUUGCCCCAAUAUUUAAUGAACUUGUUGAUAGAGUCAGUUUGGAUGCAAAAUUUCUGCAGGACUCACUAUCCAGAACUAAGAAAGUGGAUGGCUUUACCUCAAGACUUCUAGAUAUUCAUUCCAAGAUGAUAGAGAUCGGCAAGAAAGAGGAUAUACGCUUGGGUUUGCAUCGCUCAGAUUAUAUGCUUGAUGAACAGACUAAAUCUCUCCUCCAAAUAGAGAUGAACACAAUUUCGUCUUCAUUCGCUGGUUUGACUGGUCUUGUCAGUGAGCUUCACAGGAGUUUACUUGAUAGUUAUGGAGAAGUUCUUCGAUUAGAUUCCAAAAGAAUUCCUGGAAACACUUCUGUCAGUCAGUUUGCAGAUGCAUUGGCUAAAGCUUGGACUGAGUAUAAUAAUCCCAGGUCUGCAGUCAUGGUUGUGGUUCAAGCUGACGAACGUAACAUGUAUGACCAACAUUGGCUUUCUUCAGUGUUGAAAGAAAGACACAACAUUAGAAGUAUUCGGAGAACUUUGGCAGAAAUUGAUGCGGAAGGGGAACUUCAAGCUGAUGGAACAUUGACCUUGGAUGGCCAAGCUAUUGCAGUCGUAUAUUUCAGAGCGGGGUAUACACCAAUUGACUAUCCUUCUGAAUCGGAGUGGAGAGCCAGGCUACUCAUGGAGCAGUCAUCUGCCAUCAAGUGUCCAUCAAUAUCUUAUCAUCUAGCAGGGACAAAGAAGAUUCAGCAAGAACUUGCAAAGCCUGAUGUGCUUGAAAGGUUCCUUGACAACAAAGAGGAUAUUGCCAAACUGCGAAAAUGCUUCGCAGGCUUAUGGAGUUUGGAUGAUUCAGAUAUAGUCAGGAAAGCCAUUGAAAGACCAGAGUUGUUUGUCAUGAAACCCCAAAGAGAAGGAGGAGGAAAUAAUAUCUACGGCAAUGAUGUGAGGGAAAUGCUUACAAGACUGCAGAAGGAAGGCACAGAAGAAGAUGCUGCUUACAUCCUUAUGCAAAGGAUUUUCCCCACCGUUUCUUCCACGUUUUUGCUGCGAAACGGAAUUUGUCACAAAAAUGAUGCCAUAUCAGAACUAGGAUUAUAUGGUGCUUACUUAAGGAACACAGAUAAGGUGAUUAUUAACGAGCAAUGCGGUUAUCUAAUGCGGACAAAGAUUUCUUCAUCGGAUGAAGGUGGCGUUGCAGCAGGAUUUGCAGUCUUAGAUAGUUUAUACUUGACUUGAUGAAGCCGCUUUUCAAGUUGCUCUAAUUUGAUCAAUAUAUGAAAGCCAACAAUUCAGUAAUUAACCCUCAUUAUUCUCAGGCACUAUAUCUGGGAAGUUGCUGGGUUUAAAACUGUUGGUUAAAGCAGAGUGCAUUGUCUUGAAUCCUUCUUGAAAAUAAGUAUGAGCGAAACUUGUGAUAAUAAAAAUAUUUUUUGAGUUGCAAAGAGUGAUGCAAUGUCCAACGCUUAUAAUGCUUGCUUGUUUUAAAAAAAUAAAAAAUAAAGAAAUAAAAGAGGAGG